ACAUUCCCGGGUAAGGGGAAACUAUCAAACUAGAGUGCAUGGGAACAGUUAAUUCUCCACAGUAUUUUGCUACUCUACAAGUGACGGUGAUGCCUAUUGCCUGGAGCUCUUUGAUCAAAGGUUCGUCUGGUUACAGACAAGACAAACAACAAGCCCAGAGGUUAUGCCUUUAUUGAGUAUGUUCAUAGCCGGGAUAUGAAAGCUGCAUACAAACAAGCUGAUGGGAAGAAGAUCGAUAAUAGAAGGGUGCUUGUUGAUGUUGAAAGGGGUAGAACAGUCCAGAAUUGGCGGCCUCGUAGGCUUGGUGGUGGACUUGGAACCACGAGGGUUGGAAUUGAAGAUCUUAGCCAGAAGUCUUCUGGGAGGGAGCAAGUGCAACCGGGAGGAACAUCUCGGUCUGAGGAACCAAGGAUACGAGAUGACCGAGAGAGGGACAGAGAGAAGUCCCGUGAGAGGCCUAGAGAAAAAGAGAGGGAACGUGAAAAGUCUCGUGAGCGCUCACAUGACAGGCCAAAAGAUCGCGAACACAGGGAUGAGAGACACCAUAGGGAUCGUGAGAGAACCAGGGAUUCUAGGGAUAAGGACCGUGGUCGUGACCGAGACCGCGGGAAGAAACGCGACCGGGAUUAUGAACGCGAAAGAGGAGACCGCCACAGAGAUAGAGACAGAGGGAAAGACUAUGACUUUGAUGUUGAGAAUGAUCGCGGUCGUUCUCGCGACCGAGGUUAUGAUUAUGAUCACGAACAAGACCGGCAUGGUGAGAAGGAGAGGAACCUUGAUCACGAGGAUGAAGGGUGGUAUGAACAGCCCGGUUAUACAGGCGGGCAUAACGGUCGGCGUUCGGAUGGUGGGGACCGCCGGGGACACUAUGAUUACGACCACCACCGCCACCACCAAAGCCGGCGCGGCGAGUUUGAUGAUGAUGAUGAUAAUCCAGAUGCACACGAGAGAGGAGAGGAUGAUGGUGAUGACGACCGUUACAAAGAUUCUGGGCGCGGUGAACGGAUGGAUGAGGACGAGGAAGACUAUGGGUACGACCGCCCGUCAGAGAAGGAGCAUCGGCGGGCAGAUAGGACUGCUGCUUUUCAUGAUUAUGAGCAUUAGUAGUUAAUGAUAAUGCAUUCAACUUUGAAAGGAAGGCAGGCAGGCAGGCAGACACAGACAGACAGACCAUCAGGUGUGUGUUCUUAUUUUACUAAUACUAUAUGCAUAUGUUGAUUGAUGAUGGUCGGAGGUGCUAUUAUCGCUCCUCUGCUGCAGUUUCCCCCCCUUCCCCCGAUGUGCAACAGAGACUCAUUCGAUGGGGGGUGGGUGGGCAGUUUUCUUGUAUUUCUGAAACUUAGUAUUUAUCUGGGUAAACUUACAUUUCUGAGAGUUGGUUGAAUUGUUCUUUGGUUGAGGCAAUUAUUGUGAACUAAAUGUCCAAAGAUUGCUUCUUUUUUUUAAACUGGAAGUACUCCCUACUGACUGGACAUCCUAUAAAUAUCCAAAGAUUGCUUUUUAAAAUCUACUAUGACAAUCUCAGGGGUCUGUUUGGUA